CUUCACUCGUUGGUCACCCAGACCUUAGCUGCUUUUGCCGUGACAGACUCUCUCGUUGCGGUCUUUAGGUGUUCUCAUGCAAUAGACUCUCAGACAUCUUCAUGCUAGCCUUACGGCUACCUCCCUCAGCCUCCGCUAGACUUGACCGAAAGUCCCGAAGCGGGGCCUCCUUGAUGAUCUCGCGGCCAAGUAUCAGUCCGACUCUCCGGUGCCGUACAUCGUCUCUUCUGCGAUCCUACGUUCGUUCGUGUCCCUUGUGUAAAUACCGUGAUUGCGCAUCGCACCCCACAAUGGGGCCUGAGAAUAGCCCCGGAGGCGGCUACUCUAGUCGGGGCGGACAUAAUAAGUCCUACAAUGAGGGCAAUCCCAGGGCAUCAUGGAGGCCAUAUCGUGACCGUUGGAACUCGAAACCCACACAUGCAGAUCAAACCGGUACGCAGGCGCCAGGUCAAGGCUUGCCAGACCGCGCGCGAAGGAACAACAGAUCAGCAGACAGACGACCGACUCAAGGCUCUGGGUUAGCCGUAAUGUCUCAUGAAGCUAUGCCACUACAGUCGUCUCAUGGGCCAAACUCAACAAGUCAUGCAGGUUUCGGGGGCAAUGUCAAUAACCCGAACCUGCCUUUUGUGUUUCCCCCAUUUCCAGGUGUUAUGGAUGCGAAUGGCAAUGUCGUAUCUCAGCAGCCGUUCCCGAUGCCGACUAUACCAGAUCAACAGCCUUUCUUUACAUCGAACAUGUCAGCACAGCAGUCAGUCUUCCGUCACAAUGCGCCUGAUCAGUCACAGCAGCAGUUUACACCUCAAUUGGCUCCCUCACCGUACCCUUCUUUUGGGCUUCCGACAUGGGAUGAUUUCACCAAGUUUGCGAGCCAGCUACCACCCAUGCCUCCUCCACCCAUGCUGAACAUGGGAAUGUCAAACCCGCUGUUAGCUAUGCAAAUGUUUGGCUCGAUUGCAUAUGGGCCAGACACCCCGCAGGAUGCAGUCUCAAACCAGCAAGAGCGUUAUGUACCGGACGAGAGAGGAUCCCGGUCACCCAAGCCAGUCAAACCAGUCAUACCCCCAUCUCCUACGGCAGACUACCUCGAGCAGUCCUCCCUUCCACCGAAGCGAAACCCCUCACCCCAGCCCCUCCUCGUCAUCCUAGACUUGAAUGGCACACUUGUCCACCGCAAGAAUCGCAAUUCUCCGCCCUCGUACAGCGAACGCGCCGGUUUAAGGCUUUUCCUUGAUACUCUUCUGAGUAAUUACACCGUCAUGGUUUGGUCCAGCUCGCAACCGUUUACCGUCAAAAGUCUAUGCGCAAAAUUGUUCUCGCGGGCCGACCGGAAAAGACUCGUCGCCGAAUGGGGGCGUGACAAGUUCAAUCUUACCGCACAUCAGUACAGAAACAAAGUCCAAGUCUACAAAACGUUGAGUACAGUCUGGCAAAGCAGCCUGAUCCAAUCGUCUUACCCCCGAUCUUAUAGGAAGAGGGGGCAGCAAGCACAAGAGGGGGGAAAGAAACUACAGUGGGACCAGACCAACACCAUUCUGAUUGAUGACAGCAAACUCAAAGCCAUCGCCGAGCCGUACAAUAUCCUGGAGAUCCCUGAGUUCACGGGCAACUGUAGCGCGGAGGACGCUCAAGUGUUCCCGAAUGUGCUGCGGCUCCUGCAGGAGUUGGCAAAAUACGACGAUGUCAGCAAGGUGUUGCAUAUCUGGGGCUCGAAACUGACAGAGACAGAGGGCGCGAGUGUCUUCGAUAUCGACAUUGGUGUGGACGAGAGUGAUAGCAUCCCCGCUGGCACGGCCGCUGUUACUCUUGGGCAACAUGAGCAGCAACCCAGUAUCCCCCAUGGCCCCUCAACGAUUGAGGAGUUGGCGCAAGCGCGCACCGCACGUCGCAAAGCCCGCAAACAGGAGAAAAAAGCGGCUCGACGCCUCGCGACUUCGACUGCCCCUGCCAAACCUGCCGGCGCGGCUUUCCCUGCGCGAGAUCGCUCGAGAUCCCCUUUCAGACCUGCCCGCGCGGCCUUCCCUGCGCGAGACAGCUCAAGGUCCCCUUUGAGACCUGCCGACGCGGCCUUCCCUGCGCGAGACAGCUCGAGAUCCCCUUUCAGACCUGCCCGCGCGGCCUUCCCUGCACGAGGCAGCUCAAGAUCCCCUUCCAGACCUGCUGACGCAGCCUUCCCUGCGCGAGACAGCUCAAGAUCCCCUUUCAGAUCUGCCGGUGCGGUUUUCCCUACGCGAGAGCGCUCGAGGUCCCCUCCCAAAAAACUCCCAUUCCGGCAGUCCCGGUCCCCCGCCCGCAUCAGAGACACAACUCCCUACCAACCACGCGCCGGUAGCCCCAACCCGCCUCAGUUUCAGGACAAGAAAAGCCAAGCCCGUCGGGACCGUCGCCGAGCUCGCAAGAUGGAAGCGAAAGCCGCUCGCCAGGGGAAAGGACGCCGGACCAGCGAGAACUACCUUCUAGACCAACUCGAGGCGUCCUUGAACCGGUAGCACCAUGUGUGUGUGUGUGUGUGUGCCGUGCCAAGAGGGGACUGCAUGCCCCCCUUCCCUCCGCUGGCUCUUCCUGUAACAUAAUCACCUCUGUUCGGUUGUGUCUUUCUAUCAUUUAUGUAUGUAUAUACGUGUGAUGUGAUGUGUGGUGUGGUGUUUGGGGUUUAGAUUGGUUUGGAUUGGUUCGGCUGGGUCUGUGCGGUUUCACUCGUCU